AUGCCGGUCUCGACGCCCUCUCGCAUCGCGGCUGGGGAAAGCAGCUCUCCUUCAACGUCGUCGACCCACAACGAACAGCGUCGCAUCGGAGACAUAUGUGCCAUCCUCGUCCGGAAUCUGUCGCUGAGACCAACACGAGAUCGCGCGCUCCAGACCCUCACCUCCAAACGACCCGGCGGAUCGAAUCGCUAUCACACGACUUCGGACGAUGCGGAUCUCACGCUCAGUCUUGCACGACCCAACAGCAAAGGCAAGGCCAAAGCUGAUGGCACCUAUCUUCGUCGGAGAAGUACCAGCUGGAACAGGUCAGAUAAUGCUGAAUCGACCGAUGAGGAUGAAGAAGGGCAGACCAAUGACUUCGACGCGGCAUCCACGUCCACUUCGCCAUCAGCGAAAGCACAGCACAACAGCAGAGCCAGGCUCAGCAGAGGUCGCUCGGCUCUUCUCCUUAAUCACAGACGCACGUCCGACCAGGAUCUCGCUGCAUCCUCUUCCUUUGGCUCCACUUCAGAUGUCACACACAGCGUCGAGGCGAGUCCGCGACCUAUCCUCAAACGCGCUUCCAGCCAUCGUGAUGGACGCGACGCACGUAUGCAGGGUGGCUCACCUGCUAGCAACUCCAAUGCCGGCUUCCUAGAUGAAUUCGGGGCCAAUACCACCAUGCUCUCCAGAUCCGACUCCCGCAGCUCUUCUCGAUCUUCUCACACGAUUCGCAGGCCUUCACAUCGUGCCAGGACAACGAGCAUGACAUCCACGACGAGUGUCCGUAGCGUCCGCUUUGACGAGAGCCAGCUCGGAGACAGUGACGGCGUCAAGCGUCCGUCACGGAUAUCGGGCCGCCUCAAUGCCGCUUCACGGUACGCCCUCUUCUCUCAAAAGAGUCUUGCACAGAUCAUGAAGGAUCGCAUGUUGGAGUGCUACGUCGAACUGUCUCUUGCAUCAGACGGAGGCAGCGAGCAUGUCAGGGCGACCUCGGAGUCGACACGGAACCUUCUCAGAGAAGCGACACAAACCAGCUCUACAGACGCAGGACGUGUGUUCUUCCGCACACCAAGCUCGAAGCCAGGGCUGCACCAUUCCUGGGGCUAUCAAGGCGGGAAUCCGAUCACUCCAGAACGCGACUUUGCGAUACAUUCGGAAGCGCCGACUGAAGAGCGACCGCUCGAGGAGUCUACCGUCCAUAUAAAGGUCUGGGCAAGGACCCCCUCUCCCACAGAAGAAUCUCCAGCGUCUUCCUCUUCCGGCAAGCCCUCGACACAUGGAGCCGGCGAAUGGAAGCUAGUGUGUCAGACGCGGGCUGAUCUUCGCGAUCUGGAGCCGCUGCCAGGGAACCUGCACGACGCCAGUCUCGCGCUUCCACCCAACGCGAUCCUGCUCGGCCUCGCGCCCGGCGCCAACUCGCUCUCCGGGCGUGCAAGCCUUGCCUCGUCUGACUCACAACACGAUAGCCUUUCCAAGACUGCGGGAGAGCUCAAGGACGGGCCAAAGCUCACACGCAAGGUGAGCGAGAGAGAGGCUGAGAGGACGCGACAUAUCCUCGAAAGCAUCAUCUAUUAUGCGGUGCCUAUCAAAGCGGUGGCUAGCGAGAAAGAUGCCACCAUAAAAGGUCAAAGAUCCGCGACUGUACAAGGCAAAAACACGAGCGGCGAACAAGGACAACGGGCUGCGAACCCAAGCCGGUCGCCGAGACUGCAGCGCCGUGUCUCGAGAGAAGGAUACACGUCCGAUCCAGAGAAGGCGACGAGUCGUAAAGCCGUCGUCCCCCGGAUCCCAGAGCAGAGUGUCGCUCCCCCGACAUCCUUGUCGGGACAGGCCACGUCGGCAUUACCAGCGAUUCCCAUCACACCAGACGCAAGACGACGCGAGCGACGCAAGGCCUUUGAAGACGAGCAGAAGCGCGUGCUCGAGCUCAGCCUGCGCGAGACCAAGAUGAUGCCGAGCUACGACCUCGAUCAAGCCAAAAAGAUCGCCAUGAAGCAAGCCGAACUGGAGGACCUGCUCGACGAGGUGGAAGAGCUCAGACAGCAUGGAGGGCAGACGCUUGCAGAUCCGAAAGGCUUCGUACAGCUUCGGCUCAAGCGGGAACAACAGAGAGCACGGUACGAAGCGGUCAAGGGGAUGGCUAUUGACGAGUCGAACCUUCUGGAGCAGAGGAGGGCCGAGCUGGCGCAGAGGAGAGCAGCGCUAGAAGCACGUCAAAAGGCGAUGCAGGCUUCGGUCUCUCUCUUUGAAACUGCGGAGGCCAGAUCUCGCCAGCUUGGAGAGGAAGCGCGAGUUCUGACCAGCGAAAAGGUGCAAAGCGCACUUCAGCUCCAUGCUCAACAAGCGUCGUUGCUGCGUGACCUCGAGACCAUCUUCCCCAUCGAGCUGUCGGAUGCAACGUCCUUGCUGUACUCGGUCUGCGGGCUGCCGCUGCCGAACGCGGUCUCGUCGCUGCCGCAGACCGAGCUGCUGCACGAAGAAAAGCGAUGGAAAGAAACAGUCAAGCGUCACCACCCAGCAUCAUCUCGACCCGUGUUCCAUGCGUUCGACGACGACACGGUCAGCAGUGCGCUCGGACUCGUCGCCCAACUCGUCGUGCUGCUCAGCACCUACCUCGCCACACCGAUCCACUACCCGCUCGCAACGGCGGGCAGCAGGGCGGUGGUCCAAGAUGGCAUCUCGCUCAUGUCUGGGCCGCGCGCCUUCCCGCUCUACGCCAAAGGAAUGGAGCGGUAUCGAUACGAAUACGCCGCUUUCCUGCUCAACAAAGACAUCGAGCAGCUCAUGAACGUCCAUUCCGUCACCGUCAUCGAUAUCCGGCAUACGCUGCCGAAUCUCAAGAACCUCAUGGUGACGGUGGCCGCUGCGCCGCCAACGAGCCAGUUGACGAGGAAGAGUCAUAUCGGGAAAACGGAGAUCGCGUUGCGGUCCGUCAAAUCGAGUCUGUCGCUCUCGACGCAAGACGAAGAGGAAACGAGCAACGGACACGUCAAGAAGGGUGGGCUGGCAAUCGGGCUGGGUCUGCCCACGCUCAGCCGGGUCCCGCCAGUGGAUGGCAAGCAAGGGAAGAGUGAAGUGGCACCGGAUACGUUGGUCACGACGAGAGUGCUUGGUGCACCGGCGGCGGCCACGGCAACACCGGCUACUGCUAGCGGCGCGAUUGCGUCCGUUUCGAGGGCGUUCAGCUACUUCAGUGGUGGCACGAGAUGA